GGAUACAACACAAAGACAGAGUAAGAGACCACCGGAUAAAGAAAAAAGAGUCUUACAGAGGUUUGGAUUCCCAGAACCCACCCAGCUGCUCCACAGGACUAAAAUAGUUGGCGGGUAAAGGAAGGAACAUACCACUGAAGCAGACAGAUCUGAAAUGUGACAAGUGCUCUUACACAACAUGUGCACACUUUAGCCAGUAGUGCCUCAUUUCAGUGUGAAACUGCUGAUUAGAGCCAUGCCAUUCUCACGAAGCUUCCUGUCUGAAGAGCAGCUGCUGUGCUCCAUCUGCUUAGACGUGUUUGACAAUCCGGUGUCCACGCCAUGUGGCCACAGCUUCUGCAUGACCUGCAUCGGCCACUACUGGGACUCAGUGAAGCACUGCCAGUGCCCCCUCUGCAAGCAGACCUUCAAGAGAAAGCCCGAUCUCCACAUUAAUCGAACUCUCCGUGAGAUCAUCGAACAGUUCAAGCGCAUGAAGGAAAACCCGGGGGCCUCUGGAGGGGACGGGGCAGGUAGAGAAGCUGAGGAAGGCGUAAGAAAACAAGACUCAGUGGAUGGGACAGUAAGGCCAGGCCAACUACCAGGUUAUCUUCUUGAGGAAAUGAAGCAGAGACUCACCCGGCACAGAGCAUACAGCAAUUCUCUGGCCUCUCACAAUGAAACAGGGUCUGAACUGCCUGUCACACCAAACACUGAGAGUACUAGUGACACCCAGCCACCUGGUUUUGCCAGACCGGUGUCCCUGCGAAGGUAUACCCUGAGUGGGGCGGCAGAUGCCAUGAAAGUGCCCCUUUGUCCAAAACAUCACCAUAACCUGGAGCUGUUCUGUCGAUCUGAUCUGGAGUGUGUUUGUGUUGAGUGUGGACAAACGGAACACCAGUCACAUGACAUCACAUGUGCCGAGAAAGAGUGGCAGAGUCAUAAGGGCUACUCUGACGUCAGCACUCCCAUGUCGAUGAAAGACUGGACGGGCGUCUCAGUGACCUGUGAUCUUGGAACUAAAGCAGUUUACAGCUCUGUCUGUCAGCUAGUGGAACAGUUUAAGGAGGAGCUUCAGAAAGUACCUGCAGUCUGCCUCUCUGUGUCUGCUAGCCAAUCACUGGUGAAGUCACACCCAAAAGUGAAGAGAAUACAGGAAUAUGCAGUGGAUGUGACCCUGGACACCAACACUGCUCAUCCUCGUCUCAUCCUAUCAGAAGACAAGAAGAAGGUGUGGUGUGGUGAAAGGCACCAACAAGUUCCCAUCAACCAUGAGCGCUUCGACCGUGUAGUCUGUGUCCUGGGCUGCGAGGGAUUCACCAGUGGCCGACACUACUGGGAGGUGGAGGUGGAUGGAAAGACUGACUGGGACCUGGGAGUGGCGAGUCAUUCCUGCAACAGGAAGGUACCAAGACUGGGCCCUAUUUCCCAACAGUGGAGUGAGACUACAGUUAUACUGCUUACUCUUACAUAAAACCAUUACAACCACCUCGUGUCUGUUAAUGACACUGUAAUCAACACUAACUGU